CCCAUUCAGAAGAAGAAUUAAGCUGCGGUUACACUGCCAGCGACAUCGCGCGAGACAGCAACACGAUCCUAUUCAUUUUCAAUGAGAGCACAGCGACUUCCGGUGACACGAGCUACCGCGGCCGUUGGCUACAGAGAUCGCCGUGGAGAGCGACAAGACAAGUUAAGAAAAUGUAAACUUUAUGCAAAUGACGAGCGACUACCAAUGAGAGUGAAGACAGCAGAGCUCACGUCAUCUGUCUCCUGGCAGACUUGGGACGAGUGCAUGCAAGACAGAGAAGUUUCAGUGUCGUGGGGGAUUUUUACUGUUCUAUAUAAUUUGUCUGUAACCACAUGCAUGGAUAUAAUAAAACAAUGAUGCGUGGAAAAGCGUGUCAGAAACUGUCCGAGUGAGUUUGAUUUAUUCAUUCAUGAUAGAUUGAUUGUCUUAUUAAUGAUUUAAUACACUGAACACUGCUGCACAUUUUAUAUAACACUCUACACUGCAGAAUGUAAAAUUUUAGAGACGAGAACUGAUUCCUUGUCAAACUGUAAUGAUAUCUUAAUUUAACCAGUAUUAGGUCUCAUCCGUGAUCAAAUUUUUAAACGUUAUUGCCAGACGUGCAGUCCUCCAAUAACGUUACAGCGACAAACAGUAGGAACAAGCGACACAGAUCACAGAGUAUAGCGACACCAAGUCACAAUGUCGCUGGCAGUGUGAACGGAGCUUUAACCUACAAGUGAAGAGAGAGGAAUCAAUCCAGGCGUAUCAACUGAAAUCUACACGACACUAUUGUUAAGAUGGAGUUUGCUGAAGAGAAGAGAACUGAAGACACUGAGGAACUAAGAGACCUGAUGGAAGUGGAAGAAAGCCAAAAACUGAAUGAAGUGGAGGAGAAACAUCAGGAUCAGAAACCAGAAAAAAAGUCUUUAACCUGCCUUCAGUGUGGAAAGAGUUUCACAGGGAAGGAAAGCCUUAACCGUCACAUGAGAAUUCACACUGGUGAGAAGCCUUUCACAUGCCUUCAGUGUGGAAAGAGUUUUUCAUAUAAAGAGAGCCUACAUGUUCACAUGAGAAUUCACACUGGUGAGAAGCCUUUCACAUGCCUUCAGUGUGGAAAGAGUUUUACACGUAAUGACCACCUUCAGAGGCACGAAAGAAUUCACACUGGAGAUAAGCCAUUCACAUGCUAUCUGUGUGGGAAGAGUUUUGCUCGUGAAGAACACCUUAAGAAUCACAUGAGGAUUCACACUGGAGAGAGACCUUUCACAUGUCAUCAGUGUGGAAAGUGUUUUAUACAGGCAGCCAAUCUCCAAAUUCACCAGCGCUCUCACUCAGGAGUAAAGCCACUUAAAUAUGAACAUGAAAAAGUUUACAUGUGCAUUGAAUGUGGGAAAACCUUUAGUAGACCCAACCGCUUGAUAGAGCACCAAAGAAUCCAUACUGGAGAAAAACCUUACAAGUGUUCACAUUGUGAAAAGAGUUUCAGUCAGUCAGGAAACUUGAAAUCACAUGAAAGAUUGCACACUGGAGAGAAGCCAUACCACUGCCCUUUAUGUGAGAUGAGUUUUAGCACAUCAAGUUCUCUAAAGAAACACAUGAUUCAUCACAGUAAGAAAUUCUCAUCCCACAGGUAUUUUGUGGGGUUUAUGUCAGAGGACUGGGAUGGCCAUGACCAAACCUUGAUUCUGUGGUCAGUGAACCAUUUUUGUGUUAAUUUUGAGGUGGAAUUUGGAUCAGUGUCCUGCUGGAAGGUCCAGCCAUUUGUGGGAAUGACUCAUUCGGUUCUUUCUGAGUCGGACUCAACCGAAAAGGCUGACGUCCAUGCGGAGCUCACAAAGACCUGGUGUGCACCUUACUCUUCACGCAUUCAGGUUGGAGGUGCUGCCGUCCUCACUAAAGUGGACCACACCAAUGAAAAAGGCUAUUCAAAACUUCCCCCUGUACAACAGCUUUGCCAAAGAAGCCGAUGGGGCGGCUACAAACCACCACCCUGGGGUGGUCUCGAUAUGAUGCUCUAUGAGUCAAGUGCCCCUGUCGUACAGUCGGUGAUGACAUUCCUGCGCUUGGAGCAAAUUCUCCUGUGUUACCUGCCCCAAAUAUCCAAUACGGUGGUGUGGUGGUGGCGUGUGGCGUGUGGUGUGGUGGUGACUAAAGCACUGAACUGCAUACAGAUGGAGUAUGUUAAGAUGGAGAUGGGGUUUGUUAAAGAGGAGAGUAAAGACAUGAGUAAUCCUGAAACAUGUAGGAUGGCAAAUGAAGAUACUGAGGAACUAAAAGACCUGAUGGAGGUGAAAGUGGAAAGUCAAGAACUAAAUGAAGUGGAAGAAAAACAUCAGUAUCAGAAGCCUCAUACGUACAAAACUGAAGAACAGCCUUGCUCGCAGACUGAAAAUAAUCUCUCACGAAAACGACCAGGAGCCAAAAGUUGUUUUACCUGCCUCGAGUGUAGAAUGAGUUUCUCAUCUAACUCACAACUUAAGAUGCACAUGAGAAUUCACUCUGGAGAGAAGCCUUUCACUUGCACUCAGUGUGGAAAGAGUUUCACACAACAAGGAAACCUUAAGCGUCACAUAAGAGUUCACACUGGAGAGAAGCCUUUCACAUGCACUCACUGUGGAAAGAGAUUCAAAGAUCAAUCACAACAUAAGAGUCACAUGAGAAUUCACACUGGAGAGAAGCCUUUCACAUGCACUCAGUGUGGAAAGAGUUUCACAGAAAAAAAAGACCUUAACCGUCAUGUGAGAAUUCACACUGGUGAGAAACCCUUCACAUGCACUCUGUGUGGAAAGAGUUUAGCAGAUAAAUCACAGCUUAAGAUUCACCUGAGAAUUCACACUGGAGAGAAGCCUUUCACCUGUCAUCAGUGUGGAAAGAGUUUCACAGAGAGAGGAAACCUUAAGCGCCACAUAAGAAUCCACACUGGAGAGAAGCCUUAUAUAUGUCUUCAGUGUGGAAAGAGUUUUACACAAGCAAGCCAUCUCACGGUUCAUCGACAAUCUCACUCUGGAUUGAAGCCAUUUAACUGUGAUCAGUGUGGCAAAAAUUUUAAGUCGGAAUCCCAUUUAAAGAAGAAACACCUGAAAACUCAUGCAAAUGAAAAGCCUUACCUGUGUUCUUUUUGUGGAAAGUGUUUUUCACAGCUGAACUAUUUUAAAAAUCACCAGAUAAUACAUACUGGUGUGAAAGCUCAUGUAUGCUCAGAGUGUGGUAAAGCCUUUAGGAGAGUCGACGAAUUAAAAAUUCAUCAAAGAAUUUAUACAGGGGAAAAACCUUACAAGUGUUCACAUUGUGGAAAGAGUUUUGCUCACUCAGGAAACAUGAAAAAACACGAGAGAGUGCAUACUGAAGAGAAGCCAUACCACUGCACUUCAUGUGGGAAGGUUCACCCAUUCCAGUACUCUACAGACUCAUGUAAAAAGCACUGUAAAAAGUUGACUCGUCAAAAAAACACACUCUUAAAAUGAUAUGUACCUAUAGUAACUUUUUACCUGCACCACCAAAGCAUCCUCUGAUCCUGUACUCAACUAAUUUUGGAGGACUUCAAUACCCAAAGCUACAUUUUAAAAUGAAAUUAAUUGAAAAUUCAGUCAUCAUUUACUCAUUGCUUUAUAAUUUAAUUAUUUUUUUGAAAGUCUGAGCUGUGGCUCAAAAAAGGCAAAACAUAAAAAUGAUCAGAAAAAGUAAUCCAGGCUAUUCUUGCACUGUAUUCCAGAUCUUCUGAUGCCGUGUGAUGGUUUUGUUUAAGGAACAAUCCCAAAUUUCAGUUUUUAUGCAACAAUCAUCGUACCCAUCCAUCAUAACACUCAAAUCCUGCACUCAUUUAAUCAUUGAACUACUGCCACUACUACAAGUGUUACGGCGGCUUUGACGUCAGUGAUGCCAAAUGUCAUUGGCUCUUGCUUGGUUUGUGAUGAAUUGCGAAAGUCUAAUGCUUGGAAUUCUCUUUUUGAAUUGUGAUGAUGUGUGAUUUUGAAGAUGUGACUGCCUUUAGGGAGAGGAAGAUUUUCAGUGAUUUAAAACCUUCAUUCUCACACUGUUCCUUACACAAAGCUAGUGUAUAGCUUUAGAAGAUUUAUAAUGCAGCAUGAGGCAUUUGGAAUACUUGUAUAGAACUUUUGGCAUUUGUUGAAUAGGUUCAUUUCAGUGUUUUAGGUUUUAUUGGUUUAGUGUUUUGUCUGACAGAGCUGAUUUCUUACUAUGUCAAAUCUUAAAGUUAAUUGUUUUUUUACUGGUUCUUUUGUAUCUAAUAUCCCAUCAAUGUGCAAUUUUAAUGUGAUAAUCCACUCGCAAAAAGAGCUGGUAGAACGCUACAGGAUUUAAUGUCUUAGAAUGUCCGAGGCUUAAAUGGAAAUGUCAAACGGGCCAAGUGUUUAAAUUACCUUAAAGGGUUAGUUCACCCAAUAAAUGAAAAUUCUAUCAUAAUUUACUCACCCUCAUGCCAUCCCAGAUAUGUAUGACUUUAUUUCUUCUGCAGAACACACACACACAAAAUAUAUUUACAAGAAUAUUUCAGCUCUGUAGGUGUGUACAUUGCAAGUGAAUGGGUGCCAAAAAUUUGAAGCUCCAAAAUCCACAUAAAGGCAACAAAAAAGUACUCCAGAGAUGACUUCUGGUUAAAUCCACAUCUUCUGAAGCGAUUUGAUAGGUGUGAAAGAGAAACAGAUCAAUAUUUAAGUCCUCUUUCCUUCAUUUUCACUUUCUCCUCCUCCUGUUUUUAGUGAUUCACAUUCUUUGUGCGUAUCACCCCCUACUGGGCAAGAAGGAGAAUUUAUAAUAAAAAUAACUUUAAAUAUUGAUCUGUUUCUCACCCACACCUAUCAUAUUGCUUUAGAGGUUAUGGAUUUAAACAAUGGGGUCUUAUAGAUUACUUUUAUGCUCCCUUAAUGUGUAUUUUGGAGCUUCAAAAUUUUGGCACUUGUAUUGUAAGGACCUACAGAGCUGAACUAUUCUACUAAAAAAUCUUAAUUUGUGUUCAGCAGAAGAAAGAAUGUCAUACACACCUGGGAUGCCAGGAGGGUGAGUAAAUAAUGAGAGAAUUUUCAGUUUUGGGUGAACUAUCCCUUUAAACAGAAUAAGGUUACAAUAGCAAAAUUUAAGUAGUUCACUUGAGACAGAAUGACAUUCACCGCUUUCAGAACAGACAUUAUAGAUGUGUCGCAUUUUUCUCUAUCAUUAAUUAAACUAAAAUGCUAAUUAAUUUGGCCAGUAGGAAGCUAUUCCUACACUUCUUUCUUUCAACAUCUAUCUUACAUCAUCAAGUUAAAUUUGACUUCAGCUAGUCAGAGAGCCAGUGCACGCUAAUGUUAAUGUUAGCAUGGUAAACCCAUGUGUUUGGGUUACCUGGAGACUAAAUCCAUCAUGUAAGAUUUCAGUUUGUUUCACCAUUACACCGCUGCUCACGAGACGCGAGAGAUACGUACAAUGUUGCUGCCAGAACUGCUCUCCUCACAGAUGUAAAAGGUCAAAUACAACGGCAGCCAAGCUUUUGACCAAAUCUGUGACAUGCGAGAAUCACCAAAGGCAUCUUAUGCAAUUUCGCUCAUUCUUGCGAAAAAUUUAAAAUUGUUUUCAGAGGAAGGAACUGUAAAGAAAUGCACGAUUAAGAUGGCAUGUCAGAUUCUUGAAAAGUCUUGCAAAUUCUGCUAAUGUUUCGCAUGGAACUGGUCGGUGGGUGGGUGUUGCAGGGCUGGUGUGGUACAGAAAGAUUUAAUGAAGAAUUAAUGCACUGUAAUGUUCUUGUAUCCAGUAUUAUUAUUGAUGAUAUUUGGAUCUCGGCGAUAAUAUUUGGAUUUUAACUAAUACCUAAACUAAUACCUGUUUUCUAGGGUAGUGUUGAAAAUGUUGAAAAUAGGAUCCUUGUUUGUACAUUUGUGUGUGUGUGUGUGUGUGUGUGUUGUGAAUGUACAGACAAUGCAAAUUAGAUACAUUUUUUUGGAAAUGUAAUAUUGAAGUAAGAUUGCUUGUCAGUUGAACAUGAAUUUGUCCAUUUGAACUGCCUAUGUAAGUUUUAGUAAAAAUGCAAGUGAUGCAAUCAUAAAUGUUAUUUUUUUAUAAAUAUUAAUAAAUAAAUAUUUUAAUACACUAUAUAAUAAAGUCUUUAAAUGCACAUUGCAUUAGUCAUGCAUAGAUUACCCACAAUAAUGAGGAAAUUGAGUAAAAGGGUGAACAAUGUGAUAGUGCAUAUUGAUAAUCUGUCCCCUUGAUAGAAAGGAGAAAAAGUGUUGGCCCUGGCCACCUUCAAAUUUGCCCAUCCCUGAUUUAUGUUGAAAUGUUUGGUAUGUUCGUUAGAAUGCAGUGACAUCUGCAGGUUAAGAGGUGCUCUACAGAUACAUAGUUACACAGGCACUGAAAAUGUGUAAAAAGAAAAAAAGAAUGGAUCAUGAGAUUUUUAGAAUCAAUAUCGAAAUUGUUCAAAUGAAAAUUGAGAUUAAUUGGAAAAU